AUACAUAUAUAGGUUUUCCUGGUUUUAGUAAGACAGUUUUCAAGAGUUAACAUAUAUUGGUUCAAUAAAGAAAAGACUUUAUGGAUUUUUGAUAUUAGCAAUCCAAUCAGAAAAUGGGCAAUUUAUAUUAUUACAAACAAACUUUUCGAUUUUUUCAUGAUAACAACUGUUAUUAUAAACUGCUUAUUUUUGGCAAUGAAUAAUGCACCUGAAGUAGCAGAGUAUGUGUUCACUGGUAUAUACACACUAGAAAUGAUACUAAAGAUUUUUGCAAAAGGUCUUUUAUUGCACCAUUAUGCAUACUUAAGAGACGGUUGGAAUAUACUUGACUUUGUAGUUGUGGUGUUAGGUUACAUAACAUUGUUACCAGGAGUGGCAAACUUGUCUGGUAUAAGUAUAUUUCGAGUACUCAGAGCUCUUCGAACAAUUUCUUCAAUAGAAGGAUUAAAAACUAUGGUGAAUGCGCUACUGAAUGCCAUGGCGAUGAUGUCAAGUGUAAUCAUUUUAACAACAUUUUUUGUCUGUAUUUUUGCGCUCUUUGGAUUGCAACUUUUUGCUGGAGUUUUUCGUCAAAAAUGUGUUUUGAAUGCAAUAGUUUACAACAGUUCUGAAUCUUGGCUUAUGCAGAUUCAAAACUCAUCUAACUGGCAUAAUGGCAUUCAGAUUUGUGGCAAUAACAGCGGUUCAUUAAAUUGCCCAAAAAAUUUUACAUGUCAACAAAAUGCUGCACCGAACCCUAACUAUGGUUUUACAAGUUUUGAUAACAUUGGUUGGGCAAUACUUACUUCAUUUCAAAUUAUAAAUCGUGAUUUUUGGGAGGAUGUCUAUAUAGGUGUUAUUUCUGCAUUAGGUCCAUGGUAUAUUUUCUAUUUUCUUGUGAUUAUAUUUUUUGGUUCGUUCUUUUUAAUCAAUCUAAUCCUUGCUGUUGUGGUUUUUUCUUACCAACAUGAGACUACAUGUGUUGUUGAUUUUAGUGCACAGUUUCGUCUUUUACAUCAAGUUUUAUCACCCUAUUAUGAUGAUUUAUAUGUUCUUCCAAAAAUUAUUGUUGAAAAUUCUAUUAUUGAUAGAAUUAAAAAUCUUUCAUGCAUGAAACUAAAUUCUAACACGUUUGCAUUACCACUGCAAGAUGAAUCUCUGAACUUCAGACAAAGGAGAAUGACAUAUGAGUUAACUAACAUAAAUAAAAAAGACACUAUAGUUGAAUCUCGAAACACUAUAAUUAAUGGAAAAAUUGUAACAAGUUGUAGCGAUCUUGAAUCAAGUAUAAAUCCUAAGAAUGACUUAUCAAGAAAUCAUCAAGCAUCUAUGAGGAAAAGAUUAGCAUCUCAAUCAACACUGGCAUCUGAAUAUUAUAUUAGAUUUUCUUCUCCAUUUUAUUAUCUUCGGAAAUUUAGGAAAAAACUUAAUCAGUUUCUUGUUUCUUCUUUGUUUGAUAAUGUGAUUCUAGUUUCCAUUUUAAUGAAUACAGUCUGCCUUGCAUUGGAAACACACAAUAUGCAAGUAAAGCUAAAAACCUCUUUGAGGAUAGCUAACUAUCUAUUUACUGCAAUAUUUAUGGCAGAAAUGUUGUUAAAAAUUGUAGCACUUAAUUUAAAACAUUACGCAAAACAAAUGUGGAACUUAUUGGAUAGUUUGGUUGUAGUUCUCAGCAUUAUAGAAAUUAUACUUGAAAUGACUUCAUUUUCAACACAAACUGGAUUUACCAUUAUUCGAUCUUUGCGGCUUUUUAGAAUUUUCAAACUUGCAAAAUCAUGGAAAACAAUGCGACUACUUUUUACUACUAUUGCAAGAAGUUUAACAGCUCUCGGAAGUAUAACGUUAAUAUUGCUUAUUGUUUUAUACAUGUUUGCUGUGAUUGGUACAAAAUGUUUUGGCCAUAAAUAUAAACCUGAAGUAUUUCCUAACAAAAAGAUUCCUGUAUGGAAUUUCAUUGAUUUUUAUCAUUCUUUUAUGAUGAUUUUCAGAGUCUUGUGUGGUGAAUGGAUAGAACCUCUUCAUGAUACCAUGCUUGUGGCUGGCACAUGGUCUAUACCAUUCUUUCUGAUUGUACUUUUUGUUGGAAAUUUUUUGGUGUUGAACUUGUUUGUUGCUCUGCUUUUGAACUCUUUUGCUGUACGUGUUAUGGAAGAAAACUUAAAAAAAAGAAAAGCAAGACUAAAUUGGGUGACAGCUGUAAAAAAAGUUAAUUCUGUACGAAGGGCUUUUAAAAAACAUGAGAGCAUUUUAGAAGUGACUGCUAAUCAAGAGAAUUUUGAAUCACAAGAAAAUGAUGUUUUCAGGAUUGAUAGCAUCUCUGAAAAACUAGAAACAUUGUCAAACAAAGAAAAAUUUAAUCAAAUAACAAAAAGUACUUCGGAGAGAAAUUGGAUUAAUUUAUUGCAAGACAAUUUUAAACUGAAACCGCAAUUUCUUUAUUCAAAUAAAAAAAUUAGUCGAAGUUUUUCUACAGACUCUUCGUGUAAAAAUGGUGAUCCUCAUGAUCCUCAUAAAGAAUGUCAGCCAUUAAAGACUUACAACAAAGAAGAAUUGCCACUGAAGACCAGCAACAUAAAUUUGAAAAAGAAAAGUGUACUUUUUUGCGGCUUUUUUGUGUUUUGUUUGAAAAAUAGUGGUGGAAUUAAAACUAUUUUUAAAAAAAUUACAAAUUUACGAAAGAAAGUGAAGAAGUUUGUAAAACACAAAUGGUUUAACAACUUUGUGUUAAUUCUGAUUGCUGCUAGCAGUUUUGUGUUGGUAUUUGAUGACAUUAGGCUUUCAAGCAAACCUCUUUUAAGCAAAAUGCUGGAAAAGUGUAAUACAGUAUUUGCAAUUCUAUUUUUGGUUGAGUUUUUUUUGAAAAUAUUUGCAUUAGGUUUUGUCAAAUUUUUAAGAAAUCCAUGGAAUAGUUUUGAAACUGCCAAUGCUAUUGUAUCCCUGGCUAGUGUUUUAAAUGAGUAUGCUAGAAUUAUCACAAAUGUAAAUGCUAUUCGCUCAUUGAGAACUUUGAGAGCUUUGAGACCAUUGAGAGCCAUAUCUCAUUGGAAAGGAAUUAAAAUUGUUGUGAACAGUUUACUGGCAGCAAUUCCAAGUAUUGGAAAUGUAUUUCUUGUGUGUAUUUUGUUUUGGUUAAUAUUCAGCAUUCUUGGUGUUCAACUAUUCGGUGGAAAGUUUUACAAAUGUAUAAAUGAGCACAAUGAAAGAAUUGAUGCUUCUAUUAUUCCAAACAAAACCACGUGUUUAGCUCAUGGCUUCCAAUGGAAAAAUUCUAAUGCAAAUUUUGAUAAUGCUCUUAAUGGAUUUUUGCCUCUCUUUCAAGUAGCUGUUUUUGAAGGAUGGAUUGAAAUAAUGAGAGAUGCUGUUGAUGCAACUGAGGUGGAUAUGCAACCAAUUUCAGGCAACAAUUUCUUUGCACACAUGUAUUUUGUUGUCUUCAUCAUUUUUGGAGCUUUCUUUAUAUUAAAUUUAUUUGUAUCUGUCAUUAUUGACAACUUCUAUCGACUAAAAAAACAGUUUGAUGGUUGUAAAACGGUUGAAGUGAAUCUAUCAGCUCUACAAAAGCAAUGGUUUUUAUCUGUGAAGAAUGCUUUAUCCAAAAAAUCUAAUAGAUUACUACAGAGACCAAAGGGCUGUUAUUUCUCUAAAUUGUUUGAUAUCAUUACAAGUCCAAAAUAUGAAGCUAUUAUAAUUAUAAUGGUUGUUUGCAACAUCCUUCUGAUGAUGACUCAUCAUUAUAAUCAGUCUGAUUGGGUCACUCGAUUCUUAAAUCGUACUAAUCUUAUAUUCACAGCUAUUUUUUCACUUGAGCUGGUUUUGCGUCUCAUAGUGUUGCGUUGUCAUUAUUUUUCAAAUAGCUGGAAUAUAUUUGAUUUGGUUGUUGUUUUUUUGUCAGUAAUUGGUAUAUUAAUAGAAUAUUUUGAAGUCACUUUAUCAACCUCGCCAAAUAUUUUUCGAUUUGCUCGUGUUCUUCGAAUUAGUCGUCUUCUUCGUUAUUUUAAUAGUGGAAAAGGAAUUCGCAGAUUAAUGAUAGCAUUGAUAGUUUCAUUACCUGCUCUUUUAAACAUUGGUGCUUUAUUGUUUCUUAUUUUAUUCAUAUACUCUAUUAUUGGGAUGUCUACUUUUGGUCAUGUAAAAAAGCAAGGUGCAUUAUCUGAAGUUGUAAAUUUUGAAACCUUUGGUAACAGUAUUAUGGUUUUAUUUCGCCUUGCAACAUCAGCUGGUUGGAAUGAAAUUCUUGAUGCACUUGUUGUUCAACCUCCAAAUUGUGAUGAAAAUUUCAAUGGUCUUCCAAAUGGAAAUUGUGGAACUCCAUGGGCGGCAGUUAUUUAUUUAAUAUCGUUUAUCAUUAUUACAUUUUUGAUUAUUAUAAACUUGUAUAUUGCUAUCAUUCUGGAAAACUUCAAUGAGGUCCAUCGACAUGAUGAUAUUGGAAUUACAGAUGAAGAUAUUGAGAUGUUUUAUUCUGUAUGGCAGCUUUAUGAUCCGUCAAAUACAAACUAUAUUGAGUUCCAAAAACUACCAUUUCUUGUUGCUAACUUGGGAUCUCCUUUAGGUAUUCCAUUUCCAAAUAGAAUUGCUGUUCAUAAUCUGAAUUUACCAAUUAUAGAAGGUGAUAAAAUACAUUGUGUUGAUGUGCUCCAAGGCUUGUUAAAACGCAAAUUUGAAGGUGACUCGGAAAGUUUUAUGAGUAUUUGUGAUGCAGUUGACCGCACUCUUGAAAAUGCAUUUCCUGAUCGAUUAAAAUAUACUUCGAGAACAACAACCAUGAUAAGGUUUCAGGAAAUCAAAGCUGCAUACACUAUUCAAAAGUAUUACAAAAAAUGGAAGGAAAAAAAAGAAAUGAGCAAACAAAUUGAAUGUGAUUCCGAUUUAGCUGCCAUAAGGUUCGCUUAUAGUUCGAUGACUUCUUUAAAGAGUUACUCGCAAAUGCAAAAUAAACGAAAUGACGUUUUAGAAACAACCAAGACAAAUGGAAACAUGUUGCAUAACUUUUAUAUCAAAAAGCGAACUCAAUCUUUCCCGAACAAGAGUGAGUUAACCCGUUUUAAUAAUUUAAGAAAAACAAACCGGGGUAACCGAAUGUCUUUAACUUUUAAUAAAAGACGUAGUGAAAUUGUUCAGCUAGAUGUUCAUUAAUAUAAUAAUAUAAAAUAAA